CAGCGAGACAGCCCGGUUGCAACGGGCGCGUACAAACGUAUCAUGCUGGGUAGGGCCGGUGCCGAGAUGCCGGCUUGUAAACGAAACCAGUUUGCUAUCCGAUACGAUCCAGGCAACAGCGGCCUCGCGUGAUAUCCCCACGACGUGGAAGAGCGUCAGCGUGCCUGGGCCUAGUGGGUGUUACCCUGAGCGACCUGGAGAACCGAACCUCGCGCGAACCUGACAGCGAUCUACGAUGAGCAUCGGAGCUCCUACGACGCGCUCCUACUGUCUCCUACCGAUUCACGACACUGUCACGUGUCGCUUCAACAAUUAUUUCGAAUAUCAUUAGUGACGUGUCGUGCAACGCGAGAGAGAAACAGGAACGUCCUUCGGAAUUUACUACAAUCCGUUGUUUUUCAAGGAUAUUAUACUCUUUAUUCUUACAAGAGAUUUGAAAACUCGUCGCAUCCCUCUCUGGAUGUCGUAACACCUGCCUCGUUUACUUCCAAGACUUGAAAAUUUUACAGUGUCAAUGGUGAAGUGGAUAAUCUGCCAGUGACAUCAGUUACAUCAGUUGCAUCAGUUGCAUCAGUAAAAUGAGAGAACGUAUCGCGGGUGAUUCCGACGAAUCAUGAAAAGAUCCAAGAGCAAGCAUAAAUCGGAGCCGCGUGUUUCUUGAGCGGGCAAGCUUGACGUCGACUCCGAGACAAGCUGGGGCAGAAUUGGUGGAUCGUGUGAGGAUCGCCGUUCCAGGAAGAUGUCCGCCGCUGGGACCACGCCGUCGAACGCGAACGGUCCGCUAGUACCUGCUCCGUUAUUCGCUUUGCCAACCUUAUCCUUUUCCGUGAGCCAAGUGGCCACGGUCUGCGAGACCCUGGAGGAGAGCGGCGACAUCGAGAGGCUAGCAAGGUUUCUAUGGAGCCUCCCGGUCGCUCAUCCCAACAUCCAGGAACUAAAUCAGAGCGAGGCCGUUCUCAGAGCGCGUGCCAUCGUGGCGUUUCAUUCCGGACACUAUCGCGAGCUCUACGCCAUUCUGGAGAGGCACAAAUUCACCAAGGAUUCCCACGGUAAGCUGCAAGCCAUGUGGCUGGAAGCGCAUUACCAGGAAGCUGAGAAACUUCGCGGCCGACCGCUGGGCCCCGUCGACAAGUAUCGAGUUCGGAAGAAAUUUCCGUUACCGAGGACGAUCUGGGACGGUGAGCAGAAGACGCACUGCUUCAAGGAGAGGACCAGGUCGCUGCUCAGAGAAUGGUAUCUCCAGGACCCUUAUCCGAAUCCGGGAAAGAAACGAGAGCUAGCUGCUGCGACGGGACUCACGCCGACGCAGGUUGGAAAUUGGUUCAAAAAUAGAAGACAGAGAGAUCGUGCUGCUGCAGCGAAAAACAGCAGAAUGCAGCAACAAUCAGGUCAAGGAAACGGAAACGCGCGACGCACUAUGAGUCCGGGACCCGGUGGCAGCAGCAGCGAGGACUCCGACAUUUCUCUCGGAGGAACUUCACCGCCGUCGCCGAGUUCCUCGCCGCCACCGAGUCACCAACCAUCCCCGGUCCCUCUCGGAUCCCUAGGACCUCUGCCGCCUCCUUCCUUGAAUUUCCGUUUCGAUCCUACGCAACCGCAUUUUCGAUUCAACCACACGACGGCUUUCAAGUUCCCGCCAACGAACUUCCGAUUCGCACCGCACAGUCCGCAGCCUAAUCAUCCCAAUAUGGCGGGUGGAGGAAUUUUUAGGUUCGCAGAGUCCAGCCCUUUUCAAGCUGUAGGACCCAGGGGUGAUCCCACAUCAAGAGAAAAUGCAGUUCUUUCUCUGUUCUAUUACAGAUUGCCAGAUUCGCUAGGGCUACCGCCGCCAAGACUCCAUCCGCACGAAGGACUGUUACACCCGCACCCGCACCCCCAACACCAGCUGUCCGAGGGGAUAUCCAGGAUAUCCGAAACGUCGCGAUUAUCCGACGGUGGAUUAUCUCGCCUAUCGGAUAGUUUAUCGGAGGCCCACAGUCCACCACUGAUACCGGCGAAUCUAUCGGCCACCGGUCCAUUGAGGGUGGCUGUACCCAGUCCGCACACCCCCUCUUCUCGGGGUAGUCCGCCCCCCCGUCAGCCGACGCCUCAGGGUCAGUCCCAAGGUCAGGGGCUGAUAAGGGUCGCCACGCCACCGCUGCCGAAUCCACGACCGCAAAUCCACAGACCGUUCUCGCCCGCGUGAUACGACAAGGACGACAAAUUGGAGGACGUCAUUGGCACGGACGAUCGUCUUACGCCGAGAAAGAACUAUCGGUGCGGUAACGUCGCGAGCGAGCACUUCGAGGUAUUGUGAAGGCGGGAAAGCUAAUCGAUCGAAUGUUAAUCUGACUUUGGGAAAGCCAUCGCGAAGCGCAAGAUAUGGCAAAGAUUUUAUUGUGUCUAGGAAAAUUAUUAAGUGUAAACGCGAUGCGCGAUACGACUUUCUGGAGAACAGUUCGUAGUUUUGUGAAGAGCUAACAUGUGACGCUGGAUACAAAAUCCAUAAAUAUAUUUGAAAUUAUCGCACAGAGAUUAUUCAAAGAUAGCUGUAAGAUGAACCGUUAUUCAAGAUGGCUUUCAUCCGCGACAACAUCAAUUAGCAUCAUCACCGGAAAGCAGCACAUCCAUGAAGCUUAGAAACGAUCGACAUGUAUGCGAAGAUAAAUCAACAAUAUCAAUACGUAGAUACAUUGCCGAAAGUUUUGCUCGAAAAGCUACUACGCUAUAAAUCUCUUAGGGAGAAUCUAUUUGAUGAUGUGUGGCAAUACAGUUCAUUCGAGGAAAUCAUUUUCCGGUAACGCUCUUAUAAAACGCGAGGACAGAAUAGACGCUUCGAGAAGUGAGUGCGAAUCUACUAAAUAAGUGCAAUCUCUCGGAUUUAAAAAAAAAAGUCAAUCGGUCAGGGUAUGUAUAUAACUUCCGUUAAAUGUUCCCGACACGUCCGUUCGUCGAAGCCCAAGAACCAGAUGCAGUGAGUCUCAUAGUUUUUAGUGCCGCUUUCUAGUUAAUAUUCUCUCUAUGAAUGAAUUGAAAUCGAUUCAUUAAGGAUGUUCACAAAAGAAGCGAAAAUUUUGGA